AUGAGAUCCCGAAACCAAGGUGGUGAAAAUUUAUCCAAAGGGCAUAUCUCCUGCCCUAAGUCCUCCAUCAUUAGUAAUGAGGAAGAUAAAAAUCUUUCAGAAGAUGCAAAAAAGAAGUACAAAUCAAAUAGGAAAGAAGAUGAUGCCAUACCCUCAGGAACUGUUAAACGACACCUCAAGCUAUCUGGAGAGAGAGAAGAAAAAAAUAAGAAAACCUUGGAAUUAUCCAAAGAAGACCUUCUCCAGCUACUCAGUAUAAUGGAAGGAGAGUUGCAGGCCAGAGAAGAUGUGAUCCACAUGUUGAAGACAGAGAAAACCAAACCAGAGGUUUUGGAGGCUCACUACGGUUCAGCAGAGCCAGGGAAAGUGCUUCAAGUUCUUCAUCGAGAUGCUCUCCUUGCCCAGGAAAAGUCUAUAGGAGAAGAUGUCUAUGAAAAACCUAUUUCAGAGCUGGACAGACUGGAGGAAAAACAGAAAGAAACCUACCGGCGCAUGCUAGAGCAGCUGUUGCUGGCAGAGAAGUGUCAUAGGCGAACGGUGUAUGAGCUGGAGAAUGAGAAGCACAAACACACGGACUACAUGAACAAGAGUGACGACUUCACCAACCUGCUGGAGCAGGAGCGGGAGAGAUUGAAAAAGCUCCUUGAACAAGAAAAAGCUUAUCAAGCCCACAAAGAAAAGGAAAAUGCUAAGCGAACAAUAAAACUAAGAGAUGAGCUUGUGAAACUCAAGUCUUUUGCACUCAUGCUGGUAGAUGAAAGACAAAUGCAUAUUGAGCAACUUGGCCUGCAAAGCCAGAAAGUACAGGAUCUUACUCAGAAACUAAGGGAAGAAGAAGAAAAGCUUAGAGCCGUUACCUCCAAGUCCAAAGAAGACAGGCAGAAAUUACUCAAGUUAGAAGUAGAUUUUGAGCACAAGGCUUCAAGGUUUUCCCAAGAGCAUGAAGAGAUGAAUGCAAAAUUGGCAAAUCAAGAAUGUCACAACAGGCAACUUAGACUCAAGCUGGUUGGUUUAACACAACGAAUAGAGGAACUAGAAGAGACGAACAAAAAUCUUCAAAAAGCAGAGGAAGAACUUCAGGAAUUAAGAGAUAAAAUUGCCAAAGGGGAAUGUGGCAACUCCAGUCUAAUGGCAGAGGUGGAAAAUCUUCGGAAGCGUGUUCUUGAAAUGGAGGGUAAAGAUGAGGAGAUCACGAAAACUGAAUCUCAGUGCAAAGAACUAAAGAAGAAGCUGCAAGAACGAAGAGCAUUCACAGUCGUGACUCAAACUUGAAGUUGAGCAGUUACAAAAAGAAUGUCUGAACUGGAGAAAUUGGAAGAAGCAUUCAGCAAAAGUAAACAUGAAUGUAGCCAGUACAUUUGAUCUGGAGAAAAGAAAACGAACUUAACCCCCAAAGACCUGUGAAUGAGUUGGAGGUGAUUAAGACUCGUAUUUAAAGAACUAGAAUGUUCUGAAAGUAGAUUGGAAAAGGCUGAAUUAAGCUUAAAGGAUGAUCUUACAAAAUUGAAGUCAUUUACUAUGAUGCUGGUUGACGAAAGAAAAAAUAUGAUGGAAAAAAUAAAGCAAGAAGAGAGAAAAGUUAGAUGGUCCUCAAUAAAAACUUUUAAGGUGGAGCAAGGGAAGGUUAUGGAUGUAACUGAAAAAUUAAUGAAAGAAAGUAAGAAGCUUUUAAAACUGAAAUCCGAAAUGGAAGAAAAAGGUAUCAACUUGACAAAAGAGAGAGAUGAGUUAAUAGGCAAGCUGAAAAGUGAAGAAGAAAAAUCCUCUGUAAGCUGCAAUGUUAACAUGCUGAAGAAGAGAUUGGAUGGGAUAGCGGAAGCAGAGGGAGAAAGAACAAGAGGAAGAUUUUGGAAAGGGUCAGAAUUCACUUGCCCAGAAGAUAACAAGAUUAAGGAAUUAACUCUUGAAAUUGAAAGACUGAGAAAGAAACGUCUUCAGCAAUUAGAGGUAGUUGAAGGGGAUUUGAUGAAGACAGAGGAUGAGUAUGAUCAGCUAGAACAGAAAUUCAAAACUGAGCAGGAUAAGGCAAACUUCCUCUCUCGACAGCUGGAAGAGAUUACGCACCAAAUGGCCAAGAACAAAGCAAUAGAGAAAGCAGAGGUUGUGAGUCAGGAAGCCGAGCUAAGACACAGAUUUCGGUUGGAAGAAGCCAAAAGUCGAGACUUGAAAGCUGAAGUACAUGCUCUAACGAGAAGAUUCAUGAAUCUAACUGAACAAGAGGAUCAGCUUUCUCAGCUCCAAGUUGAUUAUUCUGUCCUUCAACAGAGAUUUAUAGAAGAAGAAAAUAAAAACAAAAAUAUGGGACAGGAGGUUCUCAGUCUAACCAAAGAAUUGGAACUUUAAGCGUUAUAGGCCGAGCUCUUAGACCCAGCAUGAUGAAGAAGAAUGGUGGAUAUUCCUGUUAUGUCUACUGGAGUCCAGACUGAUGUCAGCAGUGAGGCAGCAGAGGAAGAGACACCAGCAGUCUUCAUACGGAAAACCUUCCAAGAAGAAAAUCAUAUCAUGAGUAACCUUCGACAGGUGGGGCCUAGAAACCCAUGGAUAAGAUCCUCUGUUCUGGACAGAUACCCUCCAGCAGCAAAUGAACUCAGCGCAAGAAAGUCUGGAUUCCCAUGGAUAAAAAGGGAAAAUGGGUUGCCAAUCACUCAAGAGAAAGGACCUCAAACAAAUUCCCAAUUCAGGGCACCAGGUGAGCUGGACCUUUCACAAAGCAGGGCCAAGCCCUUACAUAUUCGAGUCACCCCAGACCAUGAGAACAGUACUGCCACCUUGGAGAUAACAAGCCCAACAUCUGAAGAGUUUUUUUUCUAGUACACUGUCAUUCCUACCUUAGGAAAUCAGAAACCAAGGAUAACUAUUAUUUCCCACCCAAAUGUUAUGUCUCAAAGCCAAAAAAGCGGAGAUAGUACACUUGGUACUGAACGAGCCAUGUCUCCAGUCACUAUCACUACAUUUUCCCGAGAAAUAACCCCAGAAGGUGGAAGAGGUAUGUUUGCAGACAGGCCACAUCCCCCCAUUCAGAUAAUGACUAAGUCCACAUCACCUGUGCCAGCUGAGACAACUGUCUCCCCAGAGUCCCAGGAAAUGCCCAUAGGAAGGACAGUCCUUAAAGUCACCCCAGAAAAACAAACUGUCCCCAACUUCAGUUUCGGAAAUACAAACUCCAAUGCCAACAUCAUCACCACAGAAGACAAUAAAAUUCAUAUUCACUUAGGUUCUCAGUUUAAACGAUCCCCAGGGACCUCAUCUGAAGGAGCAAGUCCAGUUAUUAGUCGACCUGUCAGCGUGACUGCUGAAAAAGAGGUUCCCACUGGCACGGUCCUUCGCUCUCCCAGGAAUCAUCUUUCCUCACGAUCUGGCUCCAGCAAAGUGAUGAGCACUAUCACUAUCACACCAUCACAAUCCUCAUCCUCCCGAGGAACUCAAUCAGUGUCAGGACAAGAUGGGUCAUCCCAGCGGCCUACACCCACCGCAAUUCCUAUGUCAAAAGGCCCCCCCCCCCCUUAUGAAAGCAGGAAAGCAGUAGUGGCAGUCCAGGAGCGGGGAAAUCUGACUAAACUCGACCCUCGAGCUGAGACUCAGUCUAUGAAAAUAGAGCUGAAGAAAUCUGCAGCCAGCAGCGCUCUCUCUCUUGGAGGGGGAAAAGGUUGA